AUGGAAGGAGCAAGAGGCUCUAAAAGUGCGAGUGCGGAGCGGCAGUACCAGUCGGAAGCACUCGAGGAGCCUUCAGAAAGGCGUACGGGAACUCGUACACCAUCGGUGGACGAAGAGUCCAUUAGUUCGAGGAGGACGAAUCUUCCCAGCCUGGAGGCCAGAGAGCUCAAGCUGGCGCGGAAGGAGCUUGAGUUGGAGCGUCGGGAGCUUGAGCUAGAGCGGCGAGAACUCGCGCGCGAACGAGAACGCAGCAACCCCAGUUUGCAAGGUGUACCGGAUGGUAAGGCGGACAGGAUGGAGGGUUGGCUGCAAGACACGGAGCGGCUGGGAAUGACGGCGCCAAAACGGACUGCAGCUGCAAUGGCGACGGAGGACCGGCGGGUUCAUCACCCUUCGACCCUAGUUUCGAGUCCGGACGGGUACGGGACGCGAGUGUUGCAGCCGAGUAGUAGCACGAUGGCGGACAACCUACGACGCUGGCGGCCAUUCGACGCUACAAUGGCCGCGUCACCGCCAGGCUACGAUCAUACGGUGGCCAUCGACCAAGCCGCAGCGCUGGACCAGGAGUAUGCUGAUUGGCGUCGCGCGGUGGACGAAUCCCUCGCGACGCACCGUGAGGCCCAGCGUAGACAGCAGGAGAAAUAUGGAGAAGCGGCAACGGGUGAGCGUGGUGUUUCGUUUCAGAUGGCCAAGCCGUUGAACGUGACGCUAGGGGACGACAUUUUGACUGUCCGUCAAAAGGCAGCGCGCAAGAUCGUCAGUAGGGAGCUCCCUACCUUCUCCGGGGUGCCAGAGCAAUGGCCGAUGUUUUAUGCCAGCUACCAGCGAUCGUCCGCGGCAUGCGGCUUCGACGAUCAGGAGAACCUGCUACGGUUGCAGCGAGCCUUGCGUGGACCAGCUCUCGAGUCGGUAGAUCACAUACUGCUGAUGCCCUCGGGGCUGCAGAAGGCGUUGGACAUUCUCAGGUCCGAGUACGGAAGGCCGGGACUCAUCGUGGAGAGCCUGAUCCAAAAGGUGAGGAAAAUGCCCGCGCCUAGAGCGGAAAGUCUGGAGACCAUCGCAGCCUUCGGGAAGGGCGUGCAGAAGAUGUGCGCAACGAUUCAAAUAUCGGGACUGCGACAAUAUGACUGCGAUGUCGCCUUACUCGACGAGCUGGCGGCGAAAUUACCCCCGGAACGGCUGCUGGAAUGGGCGCGGUACAAGGUGCAAUUGCCAGAGGCUACCGUCAGCGAAUUCGGCAAGUGGAUUGGAGAAAUCGCGACGGCUGCCAGGUUAAUGGUGAAGGUCUCAAAAAAGGGGCCAAUACUUGAUCGCCGUGAAUCACCAAACACUCGACAAGCGCAUGUAACCGUACACACAACCGAACCAUCUACCAGUCAUGGAAACAUUCUGCUACGCUAUGUACCGGUCAUCCUUUACGGCAAUAAUAAGGAGGUACGGACGUACGCUCUCCUUGAUGAAGGGUCGACAGCGACAUUUAUAGAGCAUAGUUUGAUCGAAGAGCUCGGUGUUGAGGGCAGACCGGAUCCGAUGAGUUUGAGGUGGACGGGCGGCACCACACGUCAGGAGGUUGGCUCAGUUCGUGUGGCACUUAGCAUCUCAGGCGUGCGCGAAGGGUCCAAGGCGUUCCAUCUAAAAAUAGUACACUCUGUUAACGAUUUAUCUCUUCCAGAACAAUCAGUAAGCAUGGAAGAACUAAGUGCAAGGUAUACUCAUCUGAGGGGAUUGCCUGUCGCCUCGUACUACAAGGCAAGACCCCGUAUCCUGAUUGGCGUGGACAACUGGGGCCUAGGCAGGCCUCUCAAGUACGCCGAAGGUGGGAGUAGAGAGCCGCUCGCUACGAAGACGAAGCUAGGUUGGACCGUUUUCGGGGCACGCGGUGGAUCGUCACGUGGAGAAGCAGUUCGUAGCUGCUAUCAUGUGUGCAUAUGCGAUGGUGUUUCGAGUGACCAUUUAUACAACGCAUUGAAGACACAUUACGCUAUUGAAUCGCUGGGAAUUAGUAGCACAAAGACCGUUAUUCCGAAGGAAAAUGAAAGGGCCAAUGCGAUCCUUGCAUCGGAAACCCGAUUGCUGGAUAACCGUUACCAAACAGCCUUACUGUGGAAAUACGACGACGUACGGCUGCCGUGUAACAGAAACAUGGCUUUGCGAAGAUAUACGGGCCUAAGAAAAAAGAUGGAGAAAGAUCCCGAAUUAGCGAACGCUAUCACCCAAAAGAUGAAGGACUACGAGGCGAAGGGCUACAUCCGCCGAAUGAACGAGAGUGAGGUUGCUAAACGGGAGCCCAGAGACUGGUUCUUGCCAAUUUUCCCAGUCUUCAACGUCAAUAAGCCAGGGAAACUCCGAAUGGUGUUCGACGCUGCCGCACAGGUCCAAGGAGUUAGUCUAAACAGUUUCCUCCUCACAGGGCCGGACCAGUUGGUGGGAUUGGUCGCAGUACUCUACAAAUUUCGUGAGUUCCGUGUAGCAGUAACGGGAGACAUCCGCGAGAUGUUUUUCCAAGUACGUAUGAAACCAGCAGACCAACGUAGCCAAUUAUUCUUCUGGGAUGACGGGAGCAGUCCAAACAGGCCACCGAAUAUCUACGCAGUCUCCGUCAUGACAUUUGGAGCUGCUUGUUCUCCUGGUAGUGCUCACUACGUGAAGAAUAUCAACGCGGAUAGGUUCGCUGAAAGGUUUCCCCGAGCUUCACAGUGCAUAAAGUACGAACACUACGUAGAUGACAUGCUGUCCAGCGUCGAGACGGAGGAGGAAGCAGUAACGUUAGCAGAAGACGUUAAACACGUACAUGCACAAGGUGGAUUCGAGAUCCGGAACUGGUUAUCCAAUUCCAGGGAGGUAGUUAAGCGCUUGCGAAGCGCAGCCAACGACCAAACAAGCAUCGAAAUGUGUGCCGAACAAGGCACGGAAAAGGUAUUGGGAAUGUGGUGGAACACGGAGGAUGACACAUUCACCUUUCGACUCAGCCCGAAGAACGACCAGGAGCUAUUGGCUGGAACCAAGAUGCCCACAAAACGUGAAGUACUUCGAACGCUGAUGGUCAUAUAUGAUCCUCUAGGUCUGAUUGGACACUUUCUGAUGUUUCUGAAAGUCUUACUGCAAGAUCUGUGGCGCUCCCGUCUAGGAUGGGAUGAUACUCUGGAGGGCGACGUCGCGAAGAAAUGGUUGAAAUGGGUAGCAGUACUGCCUGACCUGCAAAAGACUACCGUUAGAAGAUGUUAUCGAGAAUUAUCGUCGCACAGUGUCAACAACAUACAACUGCACAUAUUUUGCGACGCCAGUCAAAGCGGUAUGGCAGCGGUAGCUUACCUGCGAUUCGAAGAAAAUGGCAUAAUAGAGUGCGCACUGGUCGGCUCGAAAACACGUGUAGCGCCGAUUAAAUAUCUGUCCAUUCCAAGGCUCGAGCUGCAAGCCGCAUUAAUAGGGGCUCGCUUCGCCAGGCACAUAGCAGACGAGCAUCGUUUAAGCAUCACCAAAAGGAUAUUUUGGACCGAUUCGAGAAACGUCGUUAGCUGGAUCAGGUCCGACCAUAGGCGAUAUUCCCCAUUUGUUGCAUUUCGGGUAAGCGAAUUGAUCGAAUCCACUAACACGGAAGAAUGGCAUUGGCUAUCAACCAAGCUAAACGUCGCGGAUGACGCGACCAAAUGGCAGGCGAUUCCGGAAAUGGGGCCGUCGGGACGAUGGUUUCGUGGGCCGGAGUUCAUCUGGCAACCAGAAGGAGAGUGGCCGAUAAACAACGCCGAUGUCGGAGAGACGGUCGAGGAAGCUCGGCAAGUAAUCCUGCACCACACAAUAGACGAUUAUCUGGUUGACUUCACACGGUUUUCGCGAUGGAAAACGCUCUUGAGAACAGUCGGAUACGUCAUACGGUACGUAGAAACUCUACGGCGCAAGGUCCGACAGCUUGAAGUACCAAAGGGGCCACUAACGCAGGAGGAACUAUCGACAGCGGAACGAACAAUAUUCAUCGUCGUCCAAAUGGUAGAGUUUGGGAGUGAUGUGAAGCGCAUGAAGAACACCACCGACAGGAAGUAUCCAUGGACGAAACCGCUGAAAAGGGAAAGCAAACUAUAUAAGCUUUGUCCCAUUUUAGAUGAACAUGGUGUGCUUAGAGUACACGGGCGUAUUAACCACUACCUUUUUGAUGAGUCACUUCAGAGACCGGUAAUCCUCCCGAGGCGGCACCAUGUCACAGACCUUAUUGUACAGGAUUUCCAUGAAAGGUACUGUCAUCAGAACCAUAGGACGGUGGUAAACCAACUACAGGCGAAGUUCCACAUACCGAAGGUUCGGGUAGAAUUCAACCGCGUGCGACGCCUGUGUCAGUGGUGCAAGAUCCGCGAUGCAGCGCCAAACCCGCCGAUAAUGGGGAGCAUCCCUUUCCAAAGGCUUGCAGUUUCGCAAAGGCCUUUCACCUACACCGGGCUGGACUAUUUUGGACCGAUACAUGUCACCGUUGGACGUCGCCAUGAGAAACGGUGGGGAGCGAUCUUCACCUGCCUGACAACGCGAGCGAUUCAUUUGGAGGUAGUCCACACGCUUACAACAGCCUCCUGUAUUCUGGCGAUCCGCCGAUUCGUCGCGAGACGUGGAUCACCACGUGAGAUCAUCAGUGACCAGGGCACUAAUUUCGUCGGAGCAGCGCGAGAGUUACGAGAAGCCUUGAAGGACGUCGACACGGAUGCGUUAAUGGAGAGGUUUUCGAGUCCGGUGAUGAAGUGGACUUUCAACCCACCAUCCGCGCCUCACUUUGGUGGAUGUUGGGAGCGUCUGGUGCAAUCGGUCAAGAAGGCGCUAAGCAGCCUGGAUUUACCCAAAACUCCGAGUGAUGAGCAGCUGAUAUCAACCCUAACGGAAAUCGAACUAAUUAUUAAUUGCAGACCACUGACGUACAUACCUUUAGAAGACGAGAUGGACUCUCCGAUAACGCCAAACCACCUCCUGUUGGGUAGCUCGGACGGAGCUAAGCCAGAAGCGUUCCUGGAUGAUUCGCCGGCAGCUGUAAAGGCAUCGUGGUGUGCUGCACAACGUAACGCGCAGCUAUUCUGGAAGAAGUGGACCGAAGACUACUUGCCAACGUUAACCCGGCGAACGAAGUGGUUCGAACCUGUAAAACCAAUCGCAGUCGGCGACAUAGUGUUGAUUAUCGACGGAAACCUACCUCGUAGUUGCUAUCCGAAGGGACGCGUAAUCGCAAUAGUUCAGGCAAAAGACGGUCAGGUUAGACGCGCGACGGUACAGACUAACAGCGGUACAAUCGAACGACCCGCUACUAAAAUCGCAGUGUUAGACGUAAAAACGCGGAGGGAUUAA